AUGCCGAAAUUAAAUAAAUUUACAUUCAAUAUUCGCUCAACUGUUCGUCUUAAUAAUCAAAUCAAUUUACCGUCCAAUGAAGAUAUUCAAUAUACAUUUAAUCACUUUCCAAAUAAUCAAAUUAUUUCUUGUGUUGAUUAUUUUUCCGAGAUAAAACAAGGUCAAUGUCAUAUUUAUUCAUAUCCAUACGAAUGGAAAGCGUAUCAUAAAAUAACAAAUAACUUUCCAGGUGGAAUAUCUAAAUAUGUUCGUGAAGUAUCGCUAUUUGAUGAACAACCUUUUGAACAUUAUUUUUUUUUUCAAAUUUCAAAAUCAUUUCCAUUCAUAAAAAAAUUAACUUUAAUUAAUGAAAAACCACAAAAUGAUAAGCAAUCUGGAAAAUUAGAUGAUAAAAAUGAGCAUUUGUCAAUCAGUGAAUAUCCACAUCUUUCUCAACUUAAUCUUACUGAAGCUCAUGAUGAUUAUAUCGAAGAAUUUCUUGUUGAUACGAAAACCUGUUUACCAAAUAAUCUAUAUCUUUCUGUUGAUUAUCAAGUACUGAAACGUGUGACCCAACAUUUUACAAGUAAUACAACACGAAAUAAUUGUAAAAAACUGCGUAGUUUAAGUCUAAUAGGAAAAUAUCGAAUUCCUAAAUAUGUAAAAGAAUAUUUUCCUCAUACAAAAAUAUUAUGA